AGAGUCUGAGACUUAAGUCUGAGUAUGCAUAUAGAAUUAUAUAUCCAACAUUCGUACACAUUUUAGCUGUAAUCCUAAGCGUUACAACACACAACCCCAUCGUCUACACCGUUUUAUCCAUAGUUGUACGCUACAUCCAAACCCAACCUUACACAAUACAUAUAGUACAGUAGUACGUAUCAUACCCGUUUUACAGCAUACCCCCUUUCUCUGCGGUUGAGGGUGUAGUCAAACACGUUUUUACAGAUUCUUCGCAAUCGGUCAGCAUAUCGGUAAUCAGUAUGAUCGCAAUACCCGGUGGUCCGGGUGACAACGGAAAAGACAAUCGUAGUCCUAACCAUAAUUAUAACCCUAACCUGGGGUCAUUCUCUAUGCCUAACCACAGCACUAUGUCCAUGCUCACCACCGGCACCGCAUCACACCAUCAGAUCCAUCACGGUAUCGGCGGGCCCUUUUCUGGCAACAGUAACAACACCUGCAACCUGCAAGAAGUGUGUGAUGUCAAUGCAAAGGAAAUGCCCCAUAGAGAUAGCGGCGUCGAUGCGUCUGGGGACGGGAUGAAGAGUAGUGUGUACGGCGACGAGUCCGGUGUGGGUAAUAGUUUAGACUUCUUAGAUGAGUGGCGCGAUUUGCUCGCAGCACCGUCGUGGGGUGGGCUGGAUCUGGAUAGCCUAGAGAUACGGAACUUGUUGGCCAAUGGAACG